UACUACAUGUCUUAUAUUUUAAACGACGCAUCGCGCUUUGGCCUUCACUGUGGAGCCGAUGAAUCUAUUAGGACUAGGUCUAAUGAUAUCCACAGCACUAGAUUUAAGUUGAUGCUGACGGCUCGGACGUAGAUUGCGUCACGUUGGUGUCAGCCAAUCAAUUGUUCGCGUUUGGAAACGGGCUCCACAGACGUAGUUCUUGCAAUCAUGGCGACGUUCCGAAGCGAUCACGGAGAUUGAAAAUACGAGUGCUUUUAAUUUGAAUCCGCCUUUAGGCUGUCUGUAACAAUGUGUUGGGGUUAGCGAGAGCCACCGAGGCCUAGCUGGAAGACCAUGGUCCCAGAGGCGAGCCUGUCCUUCUGGGGAUGGGGAGGCCUCGGAGUCGUGCUCUUCUUCAUCACCUUUGGACCCUUUGCCAUCUUCUACUUAGCCUUUUAUUUCCUGUGUUUCGUCGGAGGGGGCUUUGCCGUAAUUCUCCUUUAUGGAAAAAUCAACUCGGAGAAACACCUGGAGAGCUGUGAGCACUCCUACCUGCUGCCCACAGCUACUGGGAUCAUGAUGACACUGGAGGAGAUGAAGCUGGAGCUGAAGACUCCGAAGAUCGACCGCAGACUGACAGGUUCCAGUUACAUAGAUGAGCCUCUGCAGCAGGUGAUUCAGUUUGCUCUGAGGGACUACAUCCAAUACUGGUACUACACUCUGAGUGAGGAUGAGUCCUUCUUACUGGAAAUUCGGCAAACCCUACAGAAUGCGCUGGUGCAGUUCUCUACGCGGUCCAAGGAGGUGGACUGGCAGCCAUACUUCACUACUCGCCUGGUGGAUGACUUUGCCACUCAUUUACGAGUGUUUGGGAAAGCGCAGGACCGGCUCGCAGAGCGAGAUGAUAAACAGGGGGACAUGCUAGAGGAGAUGGUGGACUGGUUCUUUGAAGCCGAGGUCGAGAUGGAGAGGACGGUGUGCAGAGAUAUGGUGUGCACUAGUCCCAAAGACGAAGAAGGUUUCCUGCGUGACCUGUGCGAGUUACUUCUCUAUCUACUACUACCUCCUGGAGAUUUCCAUAACAAAAAUAUGAGAUACUUCCUGAGAGAGGUCCUGGCUUGUGGAGUCCUCCUCCCUCUCAUUCACCAGCUCAGUGACCCAGAUUACAUCAACCAGUUUGUCAUCUGGAUGAUCCGGGACUCCAGCUGUAACUAUGAAGCUUUCAUGAGCAUACUGAAGCUGAGUGACAGAGUGGCUGAGCUGGAGGCUGUCAAAGAUAAGGUUUUGGAGGAACUACAAUACCUUCGCUCCCUUGACACUGCAGGAGAUGACAUCAAUGUCAUCAAGAACCAGAUCAACAGCCUGCUGUUUGUGAAGAAAGUGUGUGAAAGUCGCAUCCAGAGGCUGCACUCUGGAAAGGAGGUGGAUGCAUUGAAGUUGGCAGCCAACUUUGGCAAGCUAUGUGUCAUCCCUCUGGAUCACAUAUUAGUCCACAACAUUGCACUGCAGUUCUUUAUGGACUUCAUGCAGGCAGCCGGAGCCCAGGCCGAGCUGUUCUUCUGGCUCACGGUGGAGGGAUACAGGGUGACCGCACAGCAGCAGCUGGAGGCCAUGCACCUAUGGAGUCGAGAUGGAAGGAAGCAGCCUGCCACCACCAAGGGCCUUCUGAAGGCUGCAGCGCUGGGCGUCUUUGAGCAGUACCUGUCUGAGAAGGCAUCUCCAAGGGUACACGUGGAUGAAAUGUCAAUCACUAAACUUGGAGAGAAACUGCAGAAGGAUGAACCCACUCCAGAGAUAUUUGAUGACAUCCAGAGGAAGGUGUAUGACAUGAUGCUCCGGGAUGAGCGUUUCUACCCCUCCUUCAAACAGAGCCCGCUGUAUGUGCGCAUGUUGGCAGAGCUGGACAUGCUGAAGGAACCCAGCUACAGGGGCUCAGACGACGGGGAGGGCGAGUCUUAUAAUGGCUCCCCCACUGGAAGUCUCAACCUGUCUCUGGAUGAACUGUCCAAUUCCUGCCAUGAUGAGUCUAUGCAUCUCCACGCCUUCAUCUCAGACACAGGGGUGUGUAAUGACCAUGGUAAGACCUAUGCACUCUACGCCAUCACAGUCUUCAGGCGCAAUGUGGAUGGCAGUGAGGACUGCUGGAAGACAUACCGCCGCUACUCAGAUUUUCAUGACUUCCACAUGAGGAUCCUAGAGCAGUUUGAAAAUCUAGCAUCUAUCUUAAGACUGCCAGGCAAAAAGACCUUCAACAACAUGGACCGAGAAUUCUUGGAAAAGAGGAAAAAAGACCUCAAUGCAUACCUGCAGUUGCUCCUAAACCCAGAGAUGGUGAAGGCCUGUCCUGCUCUCAUUCCUUACGUGUAUGACUUUCUGGAAAAUAAAGCCUACAGUAAGGGCAAGGGAGAGUUUGCACGGAAGAUUGACACCUUUGUAAACCCUCUGAGAAGCUCCAUGAGAAACGUGUCUAAUGCUGUGAAAGCGCUGCCUGACAGUUUGGCUGAGGGCAUGAACAAAGUGUCUGACAACAUGGGCCGUAUGUCUGAGCGACUGGGCCAAGAUAUCAAGCAGUCUAUCUUUAAGGUACCUCCACUCCUCCCGAAGCCUGAGCUGGACCCAGAGCAUUGCCGUGUGUCGGCGCAGCUGGAUGACAACGUGGAUGACAACAUUCCACUGAGGGUUAUGCUGCUGCUCAUGGACGAGGUGUUCGACCUGAAGGAGAAAAACCAGUGGCUGCGGAGGAACAUCAAGAACCUGCUGCAGCAGCUGAUCAGGGCCACCUACGGAGACACCAUCAACAGGUCACUGCUUCUCCUCAGCUGUGUGUGUGUGUGUGUGCGCUUUGGGUCAGGCUUAACUCUGGAGACUUCUCUUUUGGACUGUAGGAAAAUAGUGGAUCAUGUUGAUUAUAUGACAUCGCCGGAGCAAGUGGCUGACUAUGUGAAAAAGUUCAGGGACUCAUACUGGCCAAACGGGAUCCUGGCUGAAACUCCUCCACGCAGGGACAAGAAUGUUCAGAUGAGGACCCGAGUAGCAGCCAAAACCAGUCUGCUGGGCAUCAUGCCAGAUGAGCUGAAGCACAUCAUUGGGGCAGAUACCACACGGAAAGGCAUCCUGAGGGUCUUUGACAUGUUCCAGUACCAGCCCAUGAACCGCCGACUGGUCUAUGUCUUCCUCGAGGGCUUUUUAGAGACCAUGUUUCCCCAAUACAAGUUCCCUGAGCUGUUUGUAAAACUGCACUCCCGCUCACCACGCAUCCACAGAUACAGUCAAAAACUGAAGCCCUGCGCUCUCAAGAGGUGACAGGAGCAGCCCAGUGACAGGAGCAGCCCAGUGACAGGAGCAGCCCAGUGACAGGAGCUCGCCCAGUGACAGAUGGCCCUGUGAGUUCUCACAUGCGGACUGAUGCACCUGACUUGCAGAUGUAGCGAGUAAAAUGGGGGACUGCAGCACCAAACUAAAUCAUGGAUUUGGGGAGACAGAUGCCCCUGCUUUUUAUUUCUGUGGAGCCGAACAGUGCUGCUGCUGCUUCUGCUCCUGGGUGGAGACUCUUAAAAGCCGUAGAAGGUUGCAUUUGAGACACUCCUGCCUUACCUUCCUACUUCUGUCCAUGUUCUGAACCUUAGAACAUUAGAAACCAAAUAUGUCAGUACCACUGAGCAAAGGUUCAAAUGUUACUGAAGUAUUUAGGUGAACAUUUCCUGUUUGCAAGUUCUGUGUCUAGAGUUUAGAACGUCAGUGUGAAGACUGAGCUUUAGAAUGUCUCUCUCUGUGACUGAGAAGUGUGCGUGUCCUCUCUGCGAUUGAGAGAUGUACCUGUAUGUGUGCGUAUCUCUGUGAUUGAAAAGUGGGCGUAUGUGUGCAGGAGUGUUCCCUGAGUGAAGAAAAUGUCUGAACAUGUAUUUUAAUGGCUUUUAUUUGUCUUCACUUUGUGCAAUAUUUUUGUAUAUGACUACAUUGCAUGUGCAUUAAAGCAUAUAUAUUUGAAUAUUUCAAUAAAUCCUUGUAGACCUUUUAAAAGUUUAGAAACAAAUACUUUCUAAAUACCAGAAAUUAGACAAUACAUGAUUUGUUUGAUCUGAGAUUAGGUUAGACAUUUGCCACUUUUGAUAAAGUCAAAAUUCAAAGUUUAUGUACCCUGGAAAUUGUUGCUUAUUUUUGUUAUUUUAUCAAUGAGUUAAAUCUUUUAUAUUUUUUUCACUUUGCCUCCAGCCAUCUCCAUUGCAUAAUUUGGAGCUUUCUGAGGACAGAUCGUUUUAAAGGGUCUAUAGGGUUUUCUGUAAAACAUUCCUUUAGUAUGGCUGAUGACGCCAGGUGACCGACUGCUGCUGUGUGUUGUCCUGUUGCAGCUCUUUAACUACAGGGCAGUGUCACUUUCUCUGGGCAUUAAGAAAUUUGCAGAACGCCCAUGUCCUCCAAUCAGCCGAUGAGCACUUACUGACGACAGUUGUACAUACUGUAUCUGUGUACAGACUCUGUGGGUGUGCCUAAAUGUGUUGUCUAUUCUAUUUUCUUUUUUUCUUUUUUUUUUUUUUUACCAAAAAAGUCCAUGUCAUCACAUUUUAUGUGACUGAAAAUGACUUCUUGGUGUUUUUUGCCUCAUGCUUCUGAUUACUGUGAGCAGCAGCAUCACACUAAUAAAGUUACUAGUGAGCCGCUGUGUGGCUACAUGUGA